AUGAAGAACUUGAACCAAAGCGGACAAACGAGAGGGAACAUCCACAGGUACAUCCACAAGACAGAUGAAAAGAACCUGUACAGAAUCAGCAAGGGAUUGGUGGCAGAUAUGAACGUAGAGGGGCAUAUAUAUGUGAACGAAAAAUUAAAAAACUUAAUAGACGAUGAAAUAACGACAUAUCAAUUAAACAAGAAUUCUACAUUCCUCCCAGCAGUAAUGCAAAUAGCGAAUGUGUCUACUCUUCCUGGAAUUGUGAAAGCAUCCAUAGCAUUACCAGAUGUACAUGCAGGUUAUGGAUUUUCUAUAGGAAAUGUAGCAGCAUUUGAUAUGAACAAUGAAAAGGCAAUAAUUUCCCCAGGAGGAGUAGGAUUUGACAUAAAUUGUGGUGUUCGUUUAAUUAGAACCAACUUAUUUUAUGAUGAUAUAAAACAUAAACAAGAAGAAUUAACUCAACUACUUUUUAAUAAUAUCCCUGUAGGAGUAGGAUCACAAGGGUGUAUUCUAUGUAAUCAAGAAAAUCUAGAUGAUGCUCUAUGUUUAGGUAUAGAUUGGUGUGUUCGAGAAGGAUACGCAUGGAUUGAAGACAAAUUAAAUUGUGAAGACAAUGGUAGAAGUUUAUAUGCUGAUAGUAACUAUGUUUCUGUAAGAGCUAAGAAAAGAGGAAUAACACAAAUGGGGACAUUAGGAGCGGGUAACCACUAUGCUGAAAUACAAAUUGUUGAUCAAAUAUAUGACAAAAGGAGUGCUAAAAUAAUGGGUAUUGAAAAAAAAAAUCAAGUUUGUAUUAUGAUACACUCAGGUAGUAGGGGAUUAGGACAUCAAGUAGCAACUGAUGCAUUAAUUGAAAUGGAAAAAAGCAUGAAUAAAUAUAAAAUCAAUGUGAUUGAUAAGCAGUUAGCUUGUACUCCCAUUAAUUCAAAAGAGGGAAAAAAUUAUCUAAAAGCAAUGGGUUCUGCUUGUAAUUUUGCAUGGAUUAAUAGAUCCUCUAUGACAUUUUUAGCUAGACAAACAUUUUCAAAAAUAUUUAAUCAGUCUCCGGAUGAUCUAGAUAUGCAUGUCAUAUAUGACGUUUCUCAUAACAUAGCUAAAAUUGAAGAACAUAUUGUCGAUGGAAAAAUGAAAAAAUUACUAGUUCAUAGAAAAGGAUCAACUCGAGCAUUUCCUCCCUUUCACCCCAGUGUGCCAUUAGAUUAUCAAUACUGUGGGCAACCUAUACUAAUAGGAGGAACUAUGGGAACAUAUUCAUAUGUCUUAACUGGUACUGACAAAGCUAUGCAAUCCACAUUUGGCUCUACAUGCCAUGGUGCUGGGAGAGCUCUAAGUAGAAAUAAAAGUAGAAACACCUUAAAUUAUGUAAACGUUUUGCAAAAACUUAAGGAUGAAAAUAUUUCCAUAAGAGUUGCAUCCCCAAAAUUAAUUAUGGAAGAAGCUCCUGAGUCCUACAAAAAUGUUUCAGAUGUUGUAGAUACUUGUCAUGAUGCUGGCAUAUCAGCCAAAUGUUUUCGCUUGAAGCCGGUUGCAGUAAUAAAGGGAUAA